AUGUCUGUUCUUCUAAACUCGCCGGACUUGUCGGAGCAAGUUUUUCAAGAAAGACAUCCCCAAUCUUCUCUAGACUCCCACGCCCACACGAACGACCCAAAGGAAUCUUCAUCCAGACCAUCAUUUCAUUUAACAGCCCCAAGUGGCUGGUUGAAUGACCCAUGCGGUCUAGGAUAUGAUCCUACCACCGGAUUAUACCAUCUCUUUUUCCAAUGGAAUCCGUAUGGCAAUGACUGGGGCAAUAUGUCCUGGGGACAUGCUACGUCACCGGACCUGAUUACAUGGGAAAGAUUAUCAACUCCAGCAUUGGCGCCAACGGCAGAUUAUGACAAAUGUGGCGUCUUUACAGGCUGUCUUCGAGCAACAAACGUCCAUGGAGAUCCUGGGGCUUUGACCGCCAUCUAUACGUCUGUCAGCCACCUGCCCAUCCAUUUUACGCUCCCCUAUACCACAGGCUGCGAAUCUCUCAGUCUUGCCGUCUCAAACGAUGGCGGAGAAUCUUGGAAACGUCAAGACUGUAACCCGAUUCUCCCAGGCCCACCUGAAAAUCUUCCAGUCACCGGAUGGAGGGAUCCUUGUCUGACAGCCUGGACAAGGAAGCCAUCAAGUCUUGCACAAGGCUCACAGUCUCAGCUUCAUGGUUUUAUUUCCGGUGGUAUCAAGGGGCAAAAUCCUGCUAUAUUUGUCUAUACCGUUAACCCUCGCGACAUUCGCCAAUGGAACUACAUUGGCCCCCUGGUCAAUGUAGGUCUCAACUUUCGACCGUCGCGGUGGUCUGGCGAUUUUGGCGUAAAUUGGGAGGUUGCGAACUUCACGACUCUGGAAAAUAAUUUCAAUGAAUCUCGUGACUUUAUCAUCAUGGGUGUUGAAGGAUGCAUUCCCGCAGAAACUUCGGCCACUAUCGAGGCUCGUCAAAGACGUGACCCAAGAGGCCAAAUGUGGAUGUCAGUUACAUCGAUUGAAAAUUGUGACAGUGACAGUGAUGCGCUCACAAAUUUUGCCUCAGGGGGCUUUUUCGAUCAUGGCUGUCUGUAUGCGGCCAAUUCCUUUUGGGAUCCUGAGACCUCUCAACGCAUUGUAUACGGUUGGGUCACCGAGGAAGAUCUGCCUGACGGUCCUCGACACCGCCAGGGAUGGUCCGGUAUGAUAUCUUUGCCGCGAGUCGUCAGUUUGAUGACUCUGCGUAAUGUUACGAAAGCACGCCACUCGUCACUGAAGUCUAUCACAUCGAUUGAGGCCAUGAAAUCGUUGGAGGGAAGUGGAUUCACUGUCCAUACUUUGAGUAUCAGUCCAGACUCAAGACUUUCUCGUCUUCGGAAGGAAGCAAGACACCACCACAUCACGGAUUCUUCCCUAUCCAAGUCAUCCUCCUCUCCUGCGGCUUCUUUGCCUUUGACUACAGCUAAAUGGGAACUACAAUCUGAGUUUUCUGUGGGCCAGUCAUGUCAAAGGGUCGGACUUGAAAUUGCUCACAGCCCCGAUUUUGAAGACCGAACCAUUCUUACCUGGGACUCGACUUGUGAAAUCUUCACGAUUGACCGGCCUGUAGUCAAAGACCCAAAAAUAAAUCAUGGAAGGGAAUCAGCUCCACACACUCUUUUUACUUGCAUGCAUGAACAGCAAGAAACCGAGGAGACUUUGAAAGUUCACGCUUUCUUUGAUAAGAGUGUGCUGGAGGUUUUUGUCAACAACAGAACAGCCAUUACAACCCGCAUUUACCAUCCCUCGAACAGAAAUUUCGGAGUCCGAUUCUUUGCAGAGCCAAUUGUCGACGGACUUGAUGAUUUAUCUACCACACUUCUACAAGCUGAUAUAUGGGAUGGAAUUGGCACAUGUGCAGGAAUUAAUAUUUGA